GCAGGGGGCGGGGCCAGCGCGGUUUACGGGAGUUUUAUUCCGAACUCCGACACAUUUCUCUCUUUUUUCUUCCUUUCCGCUUCUUUUCCAGGAUUAUCCAGCAGAACCUGAUCCCGGCCCGGUUCCGGUCCACACUCAGCAGCGAUGGCUCCCAAGAAAACCGCCAAAGGCCACGCCAAAGCCCGAGACGCGACUAAAAGCCCGUCGGCCAGUAAGAACGGGAAGAAGGCGGAGUCGGGCUCCGGCGGCAGCGGCUUCUUCACCUGGUUCAUGGUUCUGGCCCUGCUGGGCGUCUGGACGUCGGUGGCCGUCGUCUACUUCGACCUAGUGGACUACCAGGGCGUGCUGGACAAGGCUAAAGGCUUACAGAUUAACCUGUCUGAGACGCUGCAAGGUAAACUGGUGGCGUACGACACCGACGGCGAUGGCGACUUCGACGUCGAGGACGCUAAAGUUCUGCUCGGGCUGAAAGAGAGAGACGCCGUCGUCGCCUCCGGCCGCCACGAACAAGCAGCUGCUGCUCCAGAAGAUCCAGAAGAUCUAGAACCAGAAGAUGUUGUUGAGCCCGACCCCGAACCCGUGGAGGACGGGGAGGAGGAAGAGAGGGAGGAAGUGAUGGAGGAAAUAGUGGAGGAAGUGAUGGAGGCCGCCGCGGCCCAGCAGGCUGCAGCAACACCACCAGAGCCUGAAGCAUCUGAGCCAGAACCAGAACCUGAGGACCGUCCUGAGGUGCUGGAGGAGGAUCCAGAGGUGCUGGAGGAGGAGGAGCUUCCUGCUGAGGAGGAGGAGGAGCUUAUUCAGGAAGAGGAGGAGCUUAUUCAGGAAGAGGAGGAGCUAACUCCUGAGGAGGAGGAGCUUCCUGCUGAGGAGGAGGAGUUUAUUCCUGAAGAGGAGGUUCCUGCUGAAGAGGAGCAGCUUCCACCUGUGGAGGAAGAGGCGGCUCCUGCGACGGAGGAGGAGGAGGUUUCUGAGGGCAUGAUGGCUGACGAGCCGGCCGAGGAGCCGGCCGAGGAGGCGGCGAUGGACGCCGGAGAGGAAGAACCGCUGGCUGAAGAGGAGGAGGAGGAGGAAGCUCCUUCACAGGACGCUGAGGACCAACCUGAGGUUCUUUCACACGACGCUGAGGAUGAGCCUCAGCCGGAGGAAGCUGAGGAGGAGGCAGGACUUCCAGAGGAAGCUGAGGAGGAAGAGGAGGCAGCAGAGGAGCCUGCUGAAGAGGAACCAGUCACAGACGAAGCUGUGGACGAUGCUCGGACAGAAGAAGAGGAGGAAGACGCACCUUUAGAAGAUUACGCUGACGAGGAGGUGAAUGCAGAAGAAGAAGCUGAAGAGGAGGAGGCAGCGCCUUCAGAAGCUGAAGAAGAGACAGAAGCAGCGAUGGAGGAAGCUGUCGGGGGGGAUGAAGCUGAAGAAGAGAUAGAAGCAGCGACGGAGGAAGGUUCGGAGGAUCCAGCAGCGGCGGAGGAAGAGGAGGAAGCUGCUCCUUCAGAAGACGCUGCUGUCGAGGAAGAGGAGCAAACUAUAUAUGAAGAGGAGGCGGCCGAAGACGCAGCAGAGACAGAAGAAGUACAGACUCAAACAGCAACAGGUUCAGCAGACGUGGCAGCAGAGGUGGAGGAGGCAGCAGAAGAAGCAGCGGAGUUUGCUGAGACGGAGGAACCGAUGCAGGACGAGCCCACAGAAACGUAGAGCCAGCAGGGGGUGCUGUGGUGAAGGAGCAGACACCCGCUGACGUCAGCAGCAUCUGAGCGCGCUCAGAACCAGGAUGCCCCCCUUCCACCUCCAGAGACGUCGUCAUGACAACACUCCCCCCUCUGUCUCCAACCCUGCUUAGGUUUUUGAUUUAGACGAAAUGUGAGACCAUGAAUGACGUGUUAAUUAUUGUGGUACUUCUACUUCCUUUGAGUUGUUGUUGUUGAUGCUUCCUCCUUUUCUUCUUCUGCUGUUUUCUGUUCAGGCUCUUUUGUUUUGUUUUGUUUUAUUUUAUUUUAUUUUUACUACUUUUACCAGAUUUUCCAGUCAGAGUCUUAAUCUGCAGGUGCAAAACUCGAGUGUUUGGAACUUUGUGCUGAGUGUUUGUCUGUUGUUUGUGAAGUUCUGCUGCCAGAAAAACAAGUUCGCCGGAGUCGCCAGAGUCGCCGGACCCGAGUGGGUUUUGGGUCCGGAGGGGGUUCUAGUGGGUUCUAGAGGGUUCCCCGUUGAGCUGCAUUUGGUAAUAACGGUGCAUUUUCUAAUAAACGUCCAAAAUGUAAUAAUUUAUUCAUUUUGUUUUGUAGUAAAUCCGCUUUUUUUUAAUAAACUGCCGCAUUUUUAAAAUAAACUGACACAUUUUGUAAUAAACUACCCCAACGCAUUUUGUAAUAAAUUUUGCCGCAUUAUGUAAUAAGUUAUUACAUUUUGAGAAGAUUAUUACAAAAAUGCACUUGCAACUUUUUUAUUCUCUAGAAAAUGUAAUAACAUGAUUCAUUAUGUAAUAAUUCUAAACAUAGUUUAUUUGUUUGUUAUUGGCCGAUAUAAUUCCAAACUGCAAAUAGGAAACUAAAGUUAUAUUUGGAGUUUUAUACAUAGAUUUAUUGGCUACAAAGCUCUGAGGGAAAUUGCAUAAAAAAAACAACAAAAGUCACUCUUGUAUAAAUUAAUUGUUAAACAAACGACAAUAAUAGGUAUUAUUACAUAAUGCACCAUGUUAUUACAUUUCCUAGAAAAUAAAAAAGUUGCAAGUGCAUUUUAUAAUAAUCUUCUCAAAAUGCAAUAACAAAAUUUAUUACAAAAUGCGGCAGUUUAUUACAAAAUGAAACGAAAAAGUUGUUACAUUUUGGACGUUUAUUACAAAAUGCGUCUCAACAGGGUUUCCCUCCGGAGUGGGUUCUCUAGUUUUGCCGUUUGUUCUUCUUAAUGUUAUUUCCUGAUGCUGGAGCUCUACAGGUGAGGUGGGCGGGGCUACACUAGGGGUGGGCGGGGCUACAUGUGAGGUGGGCGGGGCUACAGGGACCUGGCACCGCUAGUCUCCCACGGCGUCGACAUCAACGCGGUUUUAUUCUGAAACUUUAAACUUCCUGUUUCAUCCGGACGAACCGAUGAAACUUUUGUUUCGGGCUAAAGCCGGACCGGUUCUGUUCGAGCCGUCAGCACAUGAACUUGGUGUGUGUGUGUAUGUGUGUGCGCGUUUACCUUUUACCUUUUACUUCAGAACUUCCUCACCUGAAGCUUCAGAUCUUUGAACUGUGACGUAAACGAGGACUCGGCCUCUUUUUUUUUUCCCAGCAUGCUUAGCUGUGCCCGGCUAGCUGCAGACGCUAGCCUCCGUUUUUUAGCUUCAGUUGUUGUUGAUAAAGAUAAAUACAGAUAAUUCCUGACGUUAGCGGUUACAUUCCUGUGGAAGUGGGAAACGUUCUCCCUCCGGUGAAACCUUUUCUCUCUGCGUCGCUGCCUCAGGUGUUAAAGGGAAACGUGAGAAACCUUCGCUCAAACAUUCCUCUUCCUGCAGAGAUGCACCGGUUCUGCUUCCUGGUCCAAGCCUGUAGUAAACGGGUCCAAACCAGUACCAAACCGGUCCAAACCGGUAGUAAACUGGUCCAAACCAGUAGUAAACGGGUCCAAACCAGUACCAAACUGGUCCAAACCAGUACCAAACUGGUCCAAACCGGUUCCAAACUGGUCCAAAACCUGUACACUGCAAAAACUCAGAAUCUUAACAAGAAUAUUUGUCUUAUUUCUAGUUAAAAUGUCUAAUUUUUAGUAAAAAAAAAUCUCAUUACACUUAAAACAAGAGUCAUCACUGGAAAAAAACCAAAAAUUGUCAUCUGUUUCAAGUAGAUUCUCACUUAAAAUAAGUAGAAAAAUCUGCCAGUGGAACAAGAUUUUUUUUGCUUGUAAUGAGAAGAUAAAUCUUGUCCCACUGGCAGAUUUUUCUACUUAUUUCAAGUGAAAAUUUGAAACAGGUGAAAAUUGUCAAAUAAGUUAUUUUUCUAGUAAUGACUCUUGUUUUAAGUGUAAUGAGAUUUUUUGACUAAAAAUUAGACAUUUUAACUAGAAAUAAGACACAUUUUCCUGGUAAAACGGGUCCAAAACCAGUACCAAACGGGUCCAAACCAGUUCCUUUGUUGGGGGUUAAACCACCUCGGAGUCUGAAGGUUCUGAACCGCCUCGUUGUCACGUCCCCUAGAAUAGAAUAAACUUUAUUGAUCAAAUUCACUUGUGCAGCAGCAAACAUACACACUCGACAAUUUUUACAAAAUAUACACGAAAGUGUAUAUUUUGUACACGCCCUGCGAUGCACUGGCGACCUGUCCAGGGUGAACCGGCCUCUCGCCUGAAAAUAACUGGGAUCGGCUCCAGCAGAGCCCCGUGACCCUGCAGAGGAUAACGCGGGUAUAGAUAAUGGAUAGAUAAUGGAUACACGAAAGUAUGAAAAGCAAUAAAAAAGUAUAUCCUAAAAAAAUAACCAAUAAAUAGCUAAGUAAUAAAAAAAAGAGCAAUAUCUGGGACUUGGACGGCUAGCGUCGGAUCGGUGCAUCUCUGUCUUCCUUGGCGACGUCAGAGUUGGCGUGAUUUUGGUUUCACGCAGACCCACGUCGUGACACUAGCGGUAGUUGGGGUCGUUUGCCGUAGCUGUUUAUUUUAUUUUAUUUAGUGUUUUGUUGUGAUCCACCAGCUGGUUUUUGUACUUCCUAACACUUCGUGAGUCAAUGUGAACUGAAACCUUUUUAACGUCAAUAAGUUCGUUUCCAAGAAAAAGCCUCUAAAUUUUUAAAAGGAACAUUUAUAAAAAGGACUGGGGGGGGAUUUUAAUGUUCAGAAAAUGCUCUGAGUAAAGUUUAAUGAAGCCAUAAGCUGUUUGACGGCAGGUUUACGAGCCGCGUCUCUUCAGGACAAACUUGUUUAUAAAGUAAAAGGCGGCGGCUAGCGGGAGGUUCCGCCGCCGCCGCCGCCGCCAGGUGAAGAUUUGUGUGGUGAUGAAAUUAUUACAGUGUUUUUGAGAUGGAAAUGACUUCGGUUUGUGUGAAAACGUCUGUUUUGGGAGCUGAAAUAAAAUGUUUGGGACGACAGAAA